CAUUCGAUAUCAUGGGGACGAUGAAAGAACGGGAAAUCGGUGGGGAACAACAAGCCGCAACUUUGGCGGACUUUAUUCAUUUUCACGGCAUGCUGUGUGCACCGAGAACGGCCCAACGCUGCAUCCAAGCCUUCCAAGGGGCGUCCGUUCUUUUCUUACCCCACACCUACACACGGCCUCUCGAACGUUUCGACUACAACAAUAGUAACAGCCGUGCUAUCCAAUUCAAUCCAUUCCAGAAGCUUACACUGAUUACCUACUAUCUGUUGGUGUGGUGCAGUGGAACGGGAUUGGCGUCGUGGUUUGGUCAAACGCAGUGUCUCGCAGCCGAAGAAUUCGUCGAUGAACCCGUCGUAACGGUACCACCCACCGACACGGCUUCACCGGAAACGGUAGACGCGUACCGCGAUUGGAACGCACAUCCCUGGAUUGCUGCAUACCUCACGCACUUUGCCGCAUCCACGGCGCCGGAUGAUGGCCAGCCACCAGCACCGCUCCGGUGGAAACGCCGGUUCGAAUUUCACUUUGGUGGAUGCGCCCAACUGCACGUCGUCAUGUGGCACAUUCAACAGGGUCCCUUCUUGCAUCUGGUGGAAGUGUACCGGUGUGACAAUCCCAUCCUCCGGCCCUUGUUGCAUGGACUGCAAGCCGUGUGCAACCGUUGGCGGUGGCCGCGUACGCCCUCACGCGGCCCGCCGCAAUAGUGUAGGGGUUCCUGUCGACCCAGUUAUGGACCCCGCUCCUUUUGCGUCACUGUAUUCCCAUUCCAUUCUCUGCUUCUCUCCCCUAUUCUUUUUGCAUUCAAUACGUGUAUACUAUGUACUACCGUCCCGAACACUACUGCGCCAAUUAGCCAACGUAACUUGUACUGUUAU